AACUCCAAUCGUCCUAAUGGCCGACCACGAUGCAAGCACACUUUCAAUCCGCGCGCCCUUUGUUGUUUUCCCGGCUUCAAAAAAGUGGAAGUUCUCGCUGGUAUUUUCUCUAAUUUACUGUACAAUUAGACAUAAUAGCAACAGACGCCGGCGAUGGAUCCGGUCGGUGCGAAGGAUUUGGCGUUCCGUAAAAUCUGCACAGAGCGGUUUAUCCUGUCGAUAUGCUACAGCCUGCUGCAACAGUAUCUGCUAGUGACAAUCUUUUUGCUGUUCAUCAACUUCAGCAUCCUGCACCCGAUAAACUGGAUCGUCGGAACGGUGCGGCUGCUAGUGUCGUUCUACCCCUGGAUCGCUUCGGUGCCCCUAGCAGUGGGCGUAACUGUGCAUGGCGUAGUGUUGGCUAAAUCGUGUUUGCUAGAAUCACGGUACCAUUCGACAAACUUUCUGAAGUUGUACCGAAAUCUCAUACAACGGUCGGCGCUUUUGCUUACCAACGGAACGAUCGGGUGUUUGACUGCUUGGCUGUACACCCGAUUCCUGCGUGACGAGUAUCGGUUACUGUUCCUGAGCAGCGACCAGGAUGAGGUUACGUAUCUGAAUGAACGUUUCGUGUAUCUGCUGCUGAGUGGCGUGUUUGCCGGAAGUUAUUACUUUGCCAGGGAGCAAUCAAAUCCGGGCGCAGUGGAUUUCUCCAUCAUUCUUCUGCCGAAGGUGGCACAGUACUGGAACAAUCUUAGCAGUGCAUUAACAAAAUCGUUGCGAAAAUCAUUUGUGGGCAUGUUUAUCUACAUGAGCUUCUACUACACCAUCUCCUGUCUGCUAAGACACAGGUUGGCUUCCUUUCUGGGGGGAGCAAAACUGCAGGACGACUCAACGCUGUACAGCUUCUGCAACAUCGUGAUGGAUGUUCGACUGUUGGUGUACACCUGCCUAUUUUCGGCCCUCAUCUUAAGCAACAUUAAUCUGAUGCACGUGCUGUUUCGUAUCUUUCUAAACGAACCACAACACUUCAGCCUCGAAACGAGCGUUUUUCAUGCAAACGAUGAACCUCUGCUGGCGGACGCUUUAGCCUACAAGCAAAUCCCGAUCGUACAGCAACUGGCAGCCGAUGAUCUGUUCGUUGUCGCCGAAGCACAGUCCAACGUCCGGCGGAAGCAGCUGUUCGCAUUGACCGUACCCGGAGGCCAUCCCAACAACUGGCGACGGGUGUACGAAGUGUGCAUGAAGUUGAUUGGCGAUUUUACCCAGGAGCUGGAACACUCGAUCGAUGGAAUCGGACCGAAGCCUGCACCGCCGAUGGUGCUGAUGGGAGGCGUGCUCCGGCCAACCGCAUCGGUAGACAAAGAACUGCUGAUGAAGAAACAGUACAACCAAAACUUUGGCAUUCGUAGUCUAUCCUCACCAACGCUAAAUUCUCCUCCGGUCGGCGGAAAUGCGGAACAACUUGCCAAAUCGCGGGGAAAGGCAGUGGAUGGAGGUGUGUCACUUGCCACGGCUUUGAAGCGCAUACCGGGAUACGAUUACCUGUUCGUGGAAUCAAAAUCAUCCAAAAGCUACUAUCUGCUCUCGGUGCAAUCGCAGCUGAUCGUGAAGGUAACCCAAAGCUUGGUUGCCAUCGCCAGUCGUUCGCUGGCCGAGGACACGUACGGUGUUUUGCAAAACGACCUGUCAUGCAUCGUGCAUACGCUGCUAGAGCUAAAACGGGUGGUCGAUAAAAUCGGUUCCAUCAAUUUGGAUGUGAAGCGAGUCGACCGUAAUUAUAUCGCGUUGAAAGGUGCUGUGAAGAGGAGCCUUUACAGAUUCACCAACGCUUUCGGGCCGUACAUUAAGCAUCUUGUAAUUGAACCGGAAGAUUUAAAGGCGCUCCAGGGUUUCGUAAACUUCCGUGAAGUUUGAGUGCAAUUUGUGCUCUGUAAUAUCGUGUUCUUGCACUGAAUAGAAUCCGGUAGAUUGCGGAAUCAUUUGUAUGAAAAGCUUCAUCCAAUUUUCUGUAGUUUGCGUUGAAAAACAAGCGGUGUGAAAAGCUGUACAGGCAUGCGAUGGUUAAUAUUUUCACCAAAAGCAGGCAGACCAGUCGUAAAAAGAGUUUAGGUUUAAGCUGCACUUACGAAACAUUUGCCGAUACAACGUGCUGCUGUUAUCAUGAAAUAAUGUUUCGAAGCGAGUUUUUUUUUGUAAAAAUGUAAAAACGAAUAAUUGUAGCUGAUCUUGAUUUUCCUACGCGUGCGCUAACGGCUACAAUGAUAAGAAGAAAAUAACUAUAAAUUAAGAUAAACUAAAAUACGUGAUGUGCAUUUGUAUCGUAAGUACUGUUCGAUUGGAAUCGGUAAUUUCCUUUAGGUCUUAACGCGAGGAAAAAUAAAUGUUCCACGAAAAUAAAGCUA